UAGCAUGAAGUUGACCAAGGUGCACCGAAUGAAUAAAAAAGUUAUUCGAAUUUCCUCGAAUCAAAACCGCGGCAAAUGCAAAAAAUGCUUUUAUUUCAAUGAAUUAUAAUGCCAUUUAAAAGGUUUUCUCGAUCCCGAAGACAACCGAAGUGGAUAGAUAAACAGAUAUUAGAAGACUCCCAAAAGCGACCUGCAUAUCCAGCGAAAAUAGUGAAGGACAUAUCCGGGCCAUUGGCAGAUGGGAGUUUGGUUCGAGAGAUCAGCGAUUUCGAAGUUUACAUCAAAGCUGUAUUUACGCCAGAAUCUCUGAAAGAAAUCAAAAGUGAAUAUGAUUCUGAGUUGGAUUGGAGCAAAGCUUUGAUUAUUGUGAAUCAGUACUCAGUGGAAUUUAAAUUCCAUGAUCAAUUAGAAUUUUGUGAAUACUACAUCAGAGUAGAAAAGUUCCAAAUAUGGGAUCUGCAAGUAGGCUUUGAUCUUAAAGAAAAUGUCAGAUUUUGUAUGGACAAUACUGCUGUCCAAGAGAAGGCAAAGGUCAAAUGGAAGGAAAUGAGGUCCACUGGACUUACGGAGAGUUUCUCUCUGACGCAGUGUCUGGAAGCAAUGCUACAGAACGACUCCAGUCUGUCCCUCGACCUGACUCAUGGUGGCCAUGAUACCCAGACCGAGACACAAGAGGAUUCUCCAAGAACGUCUACCAAUAAUUCAGCCUCUACAAAAGACUCGAGGAGUUUACUUAAAGCAGUGAUGACUGUGGAGGAAUUCAAGAUAAGUGUUCCCCAGCAAAGAGAGUUGGAGAAUAUUAAAGAGUGGGAGGAUAACUACAUCCCCACACAGUCUGAGACGGACUCGCCCCCUGUGGAUAUCCCCUGUGGUCAGCCCUCAGUCAGUCUGGACAGUCCCGAAGAUAUUCAACCAGGUCAGCCCAAUCAAGAUAGAGUAACAUUACCCAGAAAGUCACCAAGGAAAAAACUUAGUGAUGAAAAAAUGGCAGAGAAGGAAUACCUCAGAGAAAGAGAAGCUGCACAGUCCCCUGAGAGCCCUGUUAAAGAAAAUGAGCAGACUAGUCCAAGGAAAAAAGAUACUGACGACUAUAGAGUCAAAGACCUUACAAGUGAGCCAGAGAAACAAGCAUUCCAAACUGAGGACCAUCAAGAGGAGAAUUACGUUUUUACUGGAGGAACUCAAGGCUUUGUCCCACAGCUAGAGGGAGAAGACCUACCAUGUACUGCCCCCUUUUCUCCCCAGUUAAGUCCAGACAACACUACCGACAGACAGAUUAGUCCUGUCCAUAGUUCAGGAGACAACAUCUUACCUGUUCAGGACACAUCUCCAAUUCUGAUUUCUAGCUCGGGAGAGGCCACUGGUAGUUCAGGAGGUUCCCGGGAAAACUGCGGAAAAGGAAGUGAAGAGAAUCAAAAGAGUUCCUCUGACGAACCACAGUUUCAUUUGUCUCCCCCUGUGUUGAGCGCCAGUCCCCGAAACUCUGGAGAAAAAAGCAGAGAAAGUCCGAGACUUCAAAAUUUGAGUCGGUCGGCUACAAAAUCCUUCCAGGACUACUUUGAGAUGAUGGUGGAAAGUGAAAGAUUGCGCAAGUUGGCUGACGGUUCCACUGAUAAAAGAGAGCUGAGAAGCAAGAAAAGGUUGUUAGAGGAUUCAAAUGAGGAGAGUACAUUAGAAAAGAGGAAAAGAACACAGGACAGAAAAAGCAAGGCAACUGAUGGUGAAAGUGGGGAGAAAUCAAGUGAUAGGGGUGAAAGGGGUUUUGUAUCCAAUGUGAUGGAUAAGAUGUUGAAUUUUGUGGGGAGUAGCAAAAGUUCAAGUAAGGAAGAAGAGGAUUCAAUUUAUAUUCAAAACUUUUCAAGUUCUUUUGAAGACCCAUGUGAGGAGUCCCAGUCUUUAAUUCAGCCUAGUAAAAAAUCAAACUCUAAAGGCUCCCCCAAAAAAAUCAAAGGGGAUCAAGGACGGAAAGAAACUGCAGCAAAAUCCAAAGCGGGCAGUGUAAAUGAUGUUGAUUUACCUCUUAGUAUUAGCAGCACAGAAGAAGGGAAAAUUCAAUCAGAGGACCUUGUAGAUAUACCAGUACAUGUCCUUAAUAAUUCAGAGAGGCCAACCACUAGUCAGUCAGCCAUGAUGGAACAGGAUCAAGAAAUAUCCUCAUCACAGCUUCCACCUUUGCCAAAACAAGAGGAACCAGACGAAGAAAUAGGACGAAAAUUAUUUCACCUCAAAUUGCCACCUGACUUAAAGGCAAAAGUUCUGAAUUACUGGAAACACAAAUGACUUUCAUUGCUAAUGUUUUGAUUCAUCGGGUUGUGUUCAUUUUUUCAGAAGGUCACUCUGCUGACUUUGUGGCAAUCACUGGUUGCCCAUCAUCAUUUGUCCAAGUCAUCCAUCGAAAGAAAUAUAACGUUUGAAUAUAUCUUUUUUUUCAAUCUUGUCUAAUUUUAAAAUAAGAGGGCAAUAGCUGUAAUAAUUGAUGCAAUUUGUUUUUUACACUUUUGUCCAAGUCAUCCAUUGAAAGAAAUAUAACAUUUGAAUAUAUCUUUUUAGCUCACCUGAGCCAAAGGCUCAAGUGAGCUUUUCUGAUCACAAUUUGUCCGUUGUCUGUUGUUGUCGUCUUCGGCGUCGUUGUUGUAAACUUUUCACAUUUUCAUCUCCUUCUCAAGAACCGCUGGGCAGAUUUCAACCAAAUUUGGCACAAAGCACCACUAGGUGAAGGGGAUUCAAGUUUGUUCAAAUGAAGGGCCAUGCCCUCUUUAAAGGGGAGAUAAUUGAGAAUUAUUGAAAAUUUGUUGGUAUUUUUCAAAAAUCUUCUUCUCAAAAACUAUUA